AUUCCAAUGGGGAAGAUUGAUCAAAUAUCCCUACUGAAAAAGGACCUUCACCUUGGUCUGGAGUCCUGUGCUGUAUCCGAUCGUCUGCCUUUGGUAAUGUUUGGAGGAAUGGUUGAGGCCUCCUCCUUCCAGAAGGUGGACCUAGUUGGAUCGCUCAAUGUGCUCAAAUCAUUUUUAUUUUCUUCAAAUUCAGAUGUUCUUGCUGAGUGCAUCGAGGUUUUAAACAGUUACAUCAAGCAACAUUUCUUAAAUGAUAAUACCGAAGUGAUUGCUGAAGAAGAAGUGGAUCUUCUGAAAACUGCUUGCUGUCGCAUAUUACCACACUGGGAUUCUGACGAUUUCAGAGUCUUGGGAAUGGUUACUGACUAUUUUUCGUGUAUUUUCGAACUUCUUUUUACAACACACCGGUUCCCAAAAUCUCUUGUUGACUGGCUUUCUUCGAAUAUUAUUGAAAAAUGCUUACUUGGAAGCCCAUAUUCCAUAGCAGAGCCAGUUAUCCUUUCGAAAGGUUCCAUUAGGCUAAUAAGGGCGCUAACGAUUCACGCGCCCUUGUCAUGGGUGAGUUUGAGCACAUUUGCUCCUUACUACAAUGCGACCGUGCCCUGCCCUUGUUACGGCCUAUCAUGCUUCACUUUAGUUGCUUCAGUCUUCUGUGUGAUUUUCGAGAGAUCCCCUCAUUUAACGACAAGCCUUCUGCUUUCACUGGCGUGGAAUUAUUGUGCUGCCAGUGCCGGUGACGUUAUUUCUAACAUCAUGCUUCAGUGUCGGAGGAACAUCAAUGAUUGGCUUGAGCAUGUACUUACUCCACUGGCCAACUUUCUGAUGCAUGGUGUUCUCUCUUGUUCGGCCGAAAAACAGCUGAGGGGUUUAUCUGAAACUGAUAUUUUUGAAGCCGCCAAAUUGCGGCUUGAAAACUUUAUUCUAUUCUGCUGCAACUCCACUCUUGCGAGCCUUCCACUUGGAGACCUUUACCACGAGUCAGAGGAUCUGUCAUAUGCAGAGGACGUUCCUCUUGUGCAGGUGAUCGUUCAUCAGUUGGCCCUCCUAUUGGAGAUGGCCAUUCCCUGUAUGAGCCAUGUCUCCGAAUUUCGCCUCAGAAUAUUCGUUGCUCUUCUACCUCUGCUCCCUCUUAAUGUUGCCGUUCAAGUAACCGAAGAACAUUCUGACCUCAUAAAAGUGGCACUUCGUCACAAUAGUGAUCGGAUCCGGGCGGAGAUGUGCAAGUCCCUUGUGGCUCUAAUUGUUAAAGCUCCAGCCGCAGAGGUGCCAAGGCCGACAUUUUAUCGGUGGGUUUUAGAAGGAUUCACGAGCCUUCUGUCGUCCACCGACCCCACCGCGCGCAACGCGGCAAGCCAUGCUUUCUUUGAGAUGACUUUGAACCUUCGCAAUCGUUGCUCCACCUUCCUAGUUGAGGAGGUUGAUAUCUUGGCCACAUCUCAAUGGUCUAAGGCGAAUGGGCAACCUGAUGUCACGGUGUCUGUUUUUAAUGUUACUGCGAUGUCUCAUCUGCGAGCUUUGAAUGAGAUUUAUGAUUUCGCGACCUCUCUGUGGUCACGUUAUACUACGACUUCCGAUGUUUUGUCUGAAGUUCAAUUACCCGAUUUAACGCUGUUUUUAAAGGACUUGUUGUCACAGCCCAUCCUUCCUCCUGGCAUACCAUAUCAGCAGCAAAAGAUGAUGGGGAUGCUAAUCAGUAAUAUGUUCAAACUCUCCUUUACGGAGUUGGGUGAACAGGAAAGCCUCAGGCGCUUUGGCUUCGAACCCCAUACGGCGAAAAAUUUACAACAAAUUCUGAGCCGUGUCAUUAAAGUUACUGGCUUUCCUUCGCUCAACGAGCGCACCACGUGGAUGCAGCUGAUAUCCUCGUUACCGAACGUGAACCUUGAGAUUCAGACCAUUUUCUUGGAUAUCCUCACCACGUACUGGCCACAGACUUCGUCAUCGGAGUGGCUCACCCCAGAAGCUCUUUCUGAUCUACUUCGGCUCGCCAAAACCUGGUCUAAUAUCCACCUACCCGAGGUAUAUUCCGCGGGUGCUACUCUCUUUCAUUGGAUCCUAAUCUCUGUUACUGAUCUAAAUGCCGCCAAUCGAUUGGCCUCCGACCUGUUGGCAAACAUCCUUGAUCUAUGCAAAGGUGUGGAAGCUUUAGAGAGGACUUCGUCCGAAACGAUGACUGGUCUUGUAGUGCAAAGAAUCAUGGAUAAACCGGGCUACGGAUUUUUGACGGCCGUUGACAAUAUUUUCUCCUGGUUUGGCAAUAGACCCGGUAUCAAAGCACGAUUUCCGCAAUCUGUAAUCAAGUAUCCUCCAGAUCUGACCACCUCAGAUCGUCUGGGUGACCUUCUCGGUCCUCGGCUGGCUGAGUGCUGCCUCCAACUCUCAAGCUCAUGUCUUGCGAUGAUUGGGUGUCCUUGUCCGUACUCUGACCUUGAGGAGUCCAGUCUCUCUCAUUUGAUUGCUGGCUGUAGUUUUUUGCUCCCUUUUGUUUCUCUAUACAUCUUAUUCAUACUCAACCUCUGGCACCUAUUUUCAGGUGAAAUAUCUUCCUUUGAAGCUCUUGGUCGAGCCAUCACUGGUCUCACACUUCAAGCCCAGAAGAUAACAGCGUGUUAUGCUGAUUUGGAGAGGUAUCAUGAAAUUAUGGCCAACCCAUCCUUUGACUUUAUACUGACUUCAAGCAUUCUCGUUAAAUGGAUUUGGUUUCGUGUCUCAUUGGCUAUUUUUCGCGAAGAACCAAUGGAUGAGACAUCACAGCGAUAUUUACUGCUGAUAGGCAAACAGCUAAUUUUCAUUCUUAUGGCUUGUCGCCACAAGGGUAUAGUUGAAGCCGCACACGAAAGUCUUCGGGAUUAUCUCACAAUCUCAGAAUGCGUGAAUCAGCACAUCACAUUGGGACAGUCUCUAACUUUGAAGGACCUUGGUGAAAAAUUAAUACGUCCCGAUCAGGUGAUUGAUGUCUGCAUAUUAGCUGUCAAGAUGGGAAAGUUUUCGGUAACUCGACGUGCAGCUGGACUCUGGCCAGCUACCAAGGCGGCUCUCAUGGCGGAAUCACUUGUCGUCCCUCUUGACAAGUCGCUUCUUCAGCGGUGGCUGUUCGCUAUGUUUGAGCUCGGUAGCAUGUCAAGGGAUACCGCGGAAUCGAUGGAUCCAAUGAAACACGACCCGCCACAGGCAUUAGCAUUGCAUCUUAUAAAAGGUGCCUUCGAGGACUCCCGGUUGGGACCCGUAGCCUUCGCCUCAUCCCCACCUCCUGGCAGCGAUGACUGGUUCACCGCUAUUGUCUGCCGACUGGCCUUACCCAACUUCACAGCAGACAAGUGGACCAUCGCUAAUGCCUCCCUGCAACUAUUUGGGGCUCUAAUGAAGCGUCUAGUCGGUCCACUCUAUUCACGUCCAAAAACGACGGUGGCGGAGGUAUUUGGUCGCUAUCCUUCUCUCUUCAAGGCUUUUCUAAACACUUUUUUGGCGGAUCUCACUGGCAAGCGGCUUUCACGCAGUGCGGCAGUUCCCAUUCUCAGUCUCCUUUCACGGCUUAGUCCUUCUCCUAAUUGGCCUUUAUCUGAAGAGAGCAAGGAGGAGAUGCUUGACUGCCUACGGCGUUAUUUGACCCAUCGUGUGGAGAAGGUCCGUCGCUUGGCUGGCGAGGCGUUCGUUGCCUUUUUCACGCCCUCUGUCACACCAUCCGUGGACUCUGCCAUCUUUGAUAUACCGGGUGGACUCCAGCAUAUCUUCCGAAGAACUCUCAGUGUAAAUUUUCCCUCGUGUUACAUUUGUACCAGCAACGCGAUCAGUGGUCAACUCUUUGCUGUCGAGGCCUGGCUUCGAGGCGCACUCACCAGUGAAGAAUCCUCUGAACGUGCAAAACUUAUUGACUGGUUUAGGGGAAUGAAGUACAUCAUCGAGUGGACUCAACCCGAAUCAAAACACUGGUAUCUAGCGGCGCAAAUGGCGACUGUGUUGCGCUAUGUUUUCAUGUACAGUCCUUCUAUGGAAAAGUCUCAAUAUCACAAGGAAUUUAAGUUUCGCUAUACUUACCAUCAGUUGGGAGACAGCGCAGGUGAUUUGCUUGAUCAGUCCCUCUUCUCCGAAUUUCAUUCGGCCUUUUACGAUCUCUACCACACAAUUGACAACUUUAAGCACCUGUCCUCGGAGCCCCAUGACAUAUUUUUCACAAGUCCCAACAAUCGCAUAGAGGAGAAUCUUCUAGCCCACCUCCUGGUCAACAUAAAAUGCAGAAUUCUCCCCAGCCUUGAGGAAAUAGUCUCUGGAAAGGCUCUCUCUUCCGCCCUUCUGCGUCUCGCCUUGAAUGACUGUGUGAUGGCUGCCAGGAGUGAGGAUUCGAUCAUUUGCUGCCUCAAGAGGCUGACCACUUGGUCUUUCACUGAAACACAGGGAUCUUCGCUCCUUCCAGCCAUUCUUUUGGUCACUGCUUCUCCGAUAGCACAUCUUCAUGACACCCAGGCACGCUCCAUGUAUACCGCAUGGUGGGUGGAACACUUGCACCAUUGCCUAACUACAGCAACAAUGAAUGAGCAUUUGAGGUUAAAGGCAUCGCUUGCACUCUUCGUAUGGUUUGACACCAAUGAUCGGGCUCCCGUUGAUGACUUCUCUGACUCUCAAUUAGCUAGCAUUAUGCGCAUCUUAUUUUGUGACCUUUUUGACGAGUCUGCUGAUGUGCGCAAAGUGACAGGUCGAACAGUUGCUCGUAUUUUUGGUCUUCAACAUCCCGUUUGUCUGUUAUAUGGAGCUAACCUCAUCCUCUCAAGGCUUCCAUCAUUCCUUUCAAAUCCCGUCGACUGGUUAGUUGAGUUCCUCCAGUGCCAACUUGGUGCGAUCGUCAAUCGGGCUGAAAAUCUGCAUAAGUAUCGUUCAAUGUAUGCAAGGGCAUCUUCUGUCUUUUUUAUGCUAGCUAGGGCCUUCUUGUCACUGAUAAUUUCCUCUCAGGCUCAAGGUGUUUGCUAUGAACCAAAUGAAGUCAACCCGUACUUUGAUGUUCAACUUGUAUUCAACCUUCUGUUCUCGGCUUUGAGACGUCACAAUGCAGACACGAAGGUACUCUUAGAAAAGGCUGCAUCAACGCUUGAGAACUUCCACAGGCAUAUCAUGAAUGAAGGCAGUCUGCGCUCUGCUGUCCUCGUUUUUAAUUCGCCCGGUUUUUACCAAGCCUCAUUAGCCAAACGACUAGCCUCCCUACCAAUCUGA